UAUGUAUGCAUAUAUAUGAACCUUACAGUGACUUAUUUUUGAUAUUGUUAUGUAUGAUGGAAUCAGCUUAGGGUUUGGUUGAUUUGAUGAGUUUCUAGAUGAUGUACUGUUAAUUUAAUUGAUAUUCUGAAGCAAUUUCUGUAAAUUUCAUUGUUUUGAGAUUAAUCGAAAGCGAAUUAAACCGUUGUUGUGAUAGUCGAUUUUGACUCGUAGAUUUUGUAGUUUAGGGGCACGUUUCACGUAUAUAUGAUUCAAUAAACUGCUGGCGAAGUAUUCGCGGAAAUUGUAGGUUCGUGGUUGGAGCACCAAGUAGCUCAAUGAUAAUGUGAAAGAGUGUUAUGCUCAUGGAAGGGGAUUAUCGUAGGUGUCUAGUUGAAUCGGGUACUUGAGUAGAUUAGCAAUUUACAAUCCACGACCUGGGCUUUGAGUUUGAAGAAAAAGAGGAAGCGAACUAGAAGGUUUCAUUUGUGGUUGAAAAGAUAUGGCUGAACGUAAAGUCUUAAAUAAAUAUUAUCCACCGGAUUUUGAUCCGGCAAAGAUACCGAGGAGGAGGCAACCGAAAAAUCAACAGAUUAAGGUACGGAUGAUGCUUCCCAUGAGCAUAAGAUGCAAUACAUGCGGAAAUUAUAUCUACAAAGGAACCAAGUUCAAUUCUCGAAAAGAAGACGUAAUUGGCGAGACAUAUCUCGGAAUCCAAAUAUUUAGGUUUUAUUUCAAGUGCACCAAGUGUUCUGCUGAGAUCACUAUGAAAACAGAUCCACAAAAUUCUGAUUACGUGGCAGAGUCAGGUGCAUCACGUAACUUUGAGCCCUGGCGUGCGGAAGAUGAGGUAGUAGAUGAAGACAAAAGGAGAAGGGAUGCUGAAGAGAUGGGUGAUGCGAUGAAAUCUCUGGAGAACCGAACUCUUGACUCGAAAAGAGAAAUGGACAUUCUUGCUGCACUGGAUGAAAUGAAGUCUAUGAAGUCACGACAUGCAACAGUUAGUGUGGAUGCUAUGCUUGAGGCCUUGCAGCGCUCAGCUCCAGAAGAGUCACAGGACGAGGAUAAGUUGGUAGAAGAGGAUGAAGCUCUUAUAAAAUCAAUAUUUCAAGGAUCAAGAGAGUUUGUCAAAAGGAUUAACGAUGAAGAUUUAGAAGAUGACGAGGAUUUAACAGAGUCGGCUGCUGAAAAUGGCGAAUCUUCAAAUAGUUCAAAGAGAAGAAAGUUAUCUGAAGAAUCUACUGGCAAUCCUACAGACCACCUGACAAAAAUCAGCACUCUUGAUGUUUCUAAAAGCAAAGAUAGUACUCCUGGUCGAAGUACUUUCAUUUUCAAGUCCUCGACAGUCAAAGUUUCAGUUAAAAAGAAGCCUGUGGCUUCAGAAGAAGGUGAGAACAAACAGGAGGGGAAGCAGAAAGAUAACACUCAACAUGCCGAGGAGAAGGCCAACAUUCCAAGCAACGGGUUACUAUCUCUGGGCCAAUAUGACAGCGAUGAUGAAGAUGAUCAGUGAAGGGCUGGAACAAUACUAUCAUCGAAUUAAAUAUGAUAUUCUUAGUUUCCGUUUCCUGUGCCACCUUUGCUCCUCCCAUAGCUUCUGGUUUCCAUUCAGCAUUUGUAUGUUCUUUCCGGCGCAGUAGAGUUUUCUGCCCCUCCCAAGUUACUAUCCAGAUUAUGUGAUUUUUUUUGAAGCGUUCUAAAAUGCUUGCAAUGCCUUUGCUAAUGCAGUAAAGCAUGCAUCCGGAAAAAAGGAUAACUACUUGUAUUUGGCCAAAACAUGGAUGUGUUUAUAUAAACAUCGUGAUACCUAAUGAAGAUAGUUGCAAAAUA